UUCCUAUAUGUCGUCGUGUGCAGGCAGAGCAGCUGCAGGUCUUGACGACGGGGAUGGACGCUUAUUGCUGAACGCGCCUAUCCGGGGGUUUAUUCCAGAAGUUUUCAGGAGGUCAGCAUGGAUUUAGUAAGUCUUGCUUCUGUGUGUGUCAUCUGUCUUUGCCUGGUGAAGAGAAGCACAGCAGAGCCAUCAAGAAUCCGAGAUCACAUCCAGCCUGUCGACAGGUUUUCAGAGCUGUGUGCGGUUGAUAAGGUCCUUUGUCAGGAUGAGAACGCUGUGCUGAGUUUCGAGGCCAUCAGGAGCAUCCACAAAGAUAUGGACGAUGAUGCGGACGGCAGCGUGGAUGUGACAGAGACAGAUGGGUUUCUCCGAGAGGAUCUAAAGUAUAACGAUCCCAAGGCGAAACACAAGACUUUCCAUGGAGCUGACCUGCUGAUCACUGUGGAGGACAUGUGGAACACCUGGAGGGCCUCUGACGCAUAUAAAUGGACGGUGGAGGAAGUGGUAGAGUGGCUCAUUAACUAUGUGGAACUGCCGCAAUAUGUUGACUCCUUCAGGAAGAAUGAGAUCAAUGGCCAAGCCUUGCCCAGGCUGGCGGUGAAAAAUGCCACAAUGACGCUGUUCGUGUUGAAGAUCCUGGACCGCAGUCAUGCUCAGAAACUGCAGCUUAAAGCUCUGGACACAGUUCUGUUCGGCCCACAGACGAGCAGGCACAGCCACUUAAAGGACUUGGUACUAGUGGUGUCCAUCAUAAUUGGUGUAGCAGGCUGCUGGUUUGCCUAUAUCCAGAACCGCAACUCGAGGGACCAUAUGAGCAAGAUGAUGAAAGACCUGGAUGGCCUGCAGAGAGCUGAGCAGAGUCUUCUCGACCUGCAGCAGAAGCUCCAGAUAGCACAGGACGAGCACCGGUCAGUGGAGGUGGAGAAAGUGACUCUGGAGCAGAAGUUGAGAGAUGAGAUUAAUGAGGCUAAAAAUGAGGCUCAGAGACUCCGAGAGCUGCGUGAGGGCACACAGAACGAACUGAGCCGCCAGACAUAUGCCGAGGAGGAACUGGUGCAGGUGCGCAAAGCUCUGAAGAAGGCAGAGAAGGAGUUGGAGUCGAGGAGGUGCUGGUCUCCUCCUGAAUCUCUACAGAAGUGGCUGCAGGUCACACACGAGGUAGAGGUGCAAUACUACAACGUAAAGAAACAGAGUGCUGAGAAACAGCUUCUAUCAGCUAAAGAAGGGGCAGAGAAGAUAAAGAAGAAGAGAGGCACAUUGUUUGGGACGUUUCACGUGGCUCACAGCUCCUCACUGGACGACGUCGAUCACAAAAUCUUGUCAGCCAAACAGGCUUUAGGAGAGGUAACAGUGGCUCUGAGGGAGAAGCUGCAUCGCUGGCAGCAGAUCGAGUCUCUCACAGGUUUGAGCAUUGUAAAUAAUCCGGGCCUGUUGUUUCUGGCCUCGGCUCUCAACCUGGACCCUGCUUCUCUGGGGAUCCGGACUGCCCCGCCACAGCACCUGCUGCUUUCUGACGAUCUGGAUGACAUGGACGAGGACAUACUGUCCCCUGGAACUCUGCGCUAUGCCGCCUGGCAGAUGGACCGGCGAGUGAGCGACCUUUGGCCUGUGGCCUCAGAGAGCCUGUGGAAACAUUCUGCUUCCAAUGCGAUGUCAGUGCGGCCGCAGCAUGCUGACCCAGCGCUGAGCUCUCAGAGGGACCUGAACCACUCGGACUCGGACUCGUCUCUGUCCAUGUGUCAGUACAGUGAGAGUCAGCGUGGUUCGUCCACAGCACUAGGCAAUAGGUCCGCUUUCUCCCGGCCUAACGGGGGUGGAAACGGCUCAACUGACAGUCCCAUCUUCCCCAAGAGGACCUUUGGCAUGGAGAAGUGCGCCAGCCUGGGAGAGAUCCACACCCAGUCCAGCUGCAUGAGCUCAGCCACCUCCACACGCUCCCUCAACACUCCACCGGGAGACAUAGACGGACGUGUAGGAGGGAAGAGCAGCAGAGGCAAGAAGAGCCCAGGAGAAGAGGACAGCGCCUCCACAGGGGAGGACGCCGAUGUGUCCAGCUCCAGCCGCAAGAAGCAUACCUUCUCCAGACUCUUCCAAAAGCAGAAGCAGAAGAAACAGUAGUGAUGUAGUAAAAGCGUAAAAAGAUUGAAAUGUACUUCACAUCCAGAGGGACGCUAUAUUCUAGAAAUGUCAGUACUGUUUAUAUAGGUAUAAGGUAGCAUCUACUGUAUGAUAUUUUUUUAUGAUUUGGUUUAUAGAGUGAUUGUGUCAUCUUAUGGGAACAAAUGUAUUAGCCUUUUACAGAAAUGUGUGACUUUUGUGUAAAAUAAUUUAUUCUACAGAUACGGGCACUUGCAGUUACCCAGUUUCUAUCCUGAAUUCAUGUUUUGUGUUUCUUUUAUUACAAGCUUCUUGUGCCAUCUGUUUACAGGCCUGGAUACAGUAAAGAGUUGUGAAGCAUAAAUGUAUCAUAAUUGUGCAUAAAAGUAGUGCAUUCAAUUUAAAGAGCAUAAUAACAUGCACAGACAAACUACUACAGUCUGUGUUCUGCUGUAAAUUUUAUUCCUUUUUUUUUUCACCAGACAUAUGUGAGCAACAGAUAGUCAGUUGGAAGUGUUAGACUGAUCUAUGCUUUAUAAAUGCACAAGCACAAAUAUUCUACAACUCUUAUAUAUGUACUAACAUCUUUUUUUCUUUUUGUUUGGUUUAAGGAAGCCUGCCCACUGUAGCCUUCUGUGUAGAUUCCUGUUCAGGAGUGGAACCUGUUGUAACCCAUGUGCUGCGAGGUUCCACGUGUUGUGCAUUCUGAGAUGCUUCUCUGCUAAGCAUGGUUGUAAAGAGUGGUUAUUUAUUUGAGGUACCAUAGCCUUCCUGUCAGCUCGACUCAGUCUGACCAUUCUCCUCUGACCUCUCUCAUUAACUAGGUGCUUCUGCCUGAAGAACAACUGCUUGCUGGAUGGUUUUUGUUUUUCUCAUCAUUCUCUGUAAACCCUUUAGACAGUUGUGUGAAAGGCUCUGAAAUACUCAAACCAACCUGUCUGGCACCACCAACCAUGCCACAGUAAUGGGGUGACAUUUGGUUCCCUUAUUCUGAUGAUUGGUGUUAACUUUAACUGAAGCCCUUGACCUGUAUCUGUAUGAUUUUAUGUCUUGUGCUGCUGCCACAUGAUUGGCUGAUUAGAAAACUGCAUGAAUCAGCAGGAAUACAGAUGUUCCUUUUAAAGGAUUAAUUCCUUUUAAUUAAUUAAUUAAAAUUAUGAUGUAUUUUUGAAUUAUUUAAUUCCUUCAAUAAACGUUUUUAAAACA